AUGUCUUCCUCCGGCCAACCCUAUUUCUGCUACCAGUGUAAUCGAACCGUCAGGAUCUCUCCUUCCCCUUCUCCUUCUUCCGAUCUGCUUUGUCCCACCUGCAAUGGUGGAUUUCUUGAAGAACUCGAAAACCCUAACCCUAAUCAACAAACUCUCAACCUCAACCCUUUCGAUUCUCCCUUCCCUUUCCUGUCCUCCCCCAACUCUCCCCAUCCUUUUGAUGAUCUCUCUGCUUUCUUUGGCGGGAUGGUUCCUCCCCCCUCCGCUACUGCUCGUCCCAAUGACACCGAAGUCUUUAAUCCGUUUCUCUUUCUCCAGAAUUAUCUCCAAACCCUACGAGCCAACGGCGCCAACAUCCAGUUCGUGAUUGAGAACAAUUCGCCUGGGGAAUCCGGGACCGUCCGUGCGCCGUUGCAAAGGAAUAGUUUUGCGCUUGCCGAGGAGGCAAAGCAGAUGCCUUGUAAGCACAUUACCAUUCUCAGUGCAAUUCUUCCUUGGCUGGAAUUGCACAAUUCUUGCCCGGUUUGUCGCUAUGAAUUACCUACUGAGGAUGCUGAUUAUGAGCACCGCACUCGUGCUAAUCGAACUUCUGCUCAAAAUGUCUCGGGCUCCACUGAUGCUGUUAACGCUGUUGCGGAUGGAAAUGCUGGUAACAGAGACAACCCUGAAACGCCCAGGUCGGUGGAGAGGAGGUUUAGGAUUUCUCUGCCGUGGCCAUUCAGGUCGUCAUUCGGUUCUGGUGCAGAAACUAGCAACAGCGGCACAUCCGGCGGUGAUGCGGACACAAACCCUGGAAGUCGAGGCUCAGAGCCCAGACAUGAAGAUCUUGAUUGA